GUCCGGGCACCGAUGAUAUGUUCGAAGAAUGGCGCAGGAUGGGCUCUCAGCAAAGUAACCCCAGCACCUGCCUUCAUAAACGCUCCAACGCAUUCAAUCUUGAGACUUUAUUAUCUUGCAGUUACUAGCGGGUUCCAGUUUCAUUGCAAGGCGUCAAGGCUGGGAGCACUUUUCAAUCGGGGCGAUACCGAGCGCAGAGCUUGAAGGGCACCUCCCGGAUGCUCCUGUGGGGACCCUGCUGGCCAAUUGAUUCGGUGGGGAAGCGAUAACGGGCGCGCGAUGCUUAUCGAAAUUUUGAAUCGCGGGGUUGCGGCUUGACUUUAUGCUGUUUCCCGUUCCUCCUCAAGAGACGACAGCGUGCGACAACGAGACUUGUGCUGUUGCACUGCAAGCAGCCAUGGAUUCCGUUUUAGAACACAGUCUUCUGUAUUUCGACCGCUUGAGCUCCUACGUACUUGAUAUAUGGCAUGGCUAUCGGACCCCAAUACUGCUAUGCGCAUUCACUUGUCUAGUUCUCAUCAGGAUAUGCCUAUACAUUGUCCAUGGGCGGCCAGGAGAGCCUGUCGCAUUUGCGAGAGCACUUGGCACCGAUAUCGCAAAAGCCAAGCCGAAUCCACCAUCGUUGACGGACAAGGCCAUUGCGACGGACGAGAAAUCAAAGCCAAUCGAGCAACCAAAGGCGAAGGCCAUGGGGCCGCGUCGGAUCAGGGGCGAAGUAAAUAGAGACAAAACCGGCAAGGGGGCAGAGUCCGGGGGCCCACGAGAGAUACAACCGUUCGUUUUCUUCUCUUCUGUCACGGCAACGACGGACAAGAUUGCGCGCGAGUAUGCUGCGAGGCUCGAGGAUUCGGCGCGCGCUCUGCCGCCCACUGCGGGGUGCCAGGUACUUGCGCCAAAGGUGCUUGACCUCUCCGAAGUCGACUACGACGAGUACUUCAUCACGCCGCCGCAGCUAGAGCCGCAACAGACCGGAGGACGCGUCGAGCUGCUCUAUCUGCUGCUUCUUCCUAGCUUCAAUAUCGACACCAUAAAUGACACCUUCCUCGAGCACCUGCAGGAGACGCACCACGACUUCAGGAUAGACACAGCCCCGCUGUCGCCGCUGCUUGGUUACUCGGUGUUCGGGUUCGGCGACAGGGAGGGCUGGCCUACCGAGGAGGAAGGUUUCUGCUUCCAGGCCAAGGAGGUUGAUAGGUGGAUGGCAAAGCUGACAGGCCGUAAACGGGCUUGCCCCCUUGGGGUUGGAGACUCCAAGACAGACGCAGCGGAGCGUCUGUCCGAAUGGCACGAGGGGGUCGUCGACGUUCUCAGCCUGUUGGCCCAAACCGGCUCGCUCGGUGAAGGCGUGCGUGGUUCGGGAGACGCUGUGGAGAGUGAGGACGAAGGAGCGUCCGAGGCGGACGACGGCGAGGUGCUUAUUGACGAAGAUGCUCCAACUACCAAGAAGAAGGCUGGGCGCAAGGCGGCCUCAGGGACUCUCGACGACGUAGAGGACAUCGGCCGGGUCUUGGAGGCGUCGCGGACAGAUGGCUCGCCUGCGGCACCCGUCGCUAUCGACUUCACCACGUAUGACAAAACGAGCUCUAGCAGGACAAGAAAGCCGGCUGCCCAAACGACCAAGGAGAUGGUACCCAAGAGCUCACCCACAUAUGCUGCCCUGACGAAGCAGGGGUACGCCAUCGUGGGCUCCCACUCAGGGGUCAAAAUCUGCCGCUGGACCAAAUCGGCGCUGCGGGGGCGCGGCAGCUGCUACAAGUACUCCUUUUAUGGCAUCAACAGCCACCAGUGCAUGGAGGCGACGCCGUCGCUCUCAUGCUCCAACAAAUGUGUUUUUUGUUGGAGACACGGCACGAAUCCGGUUGGGACGACCUGGCGCUGGGUCGCGGACGCGCCGGACCUGAUCUUCGACGGCAUCCAGAAGAACCACUACCAGAAGAUCAAGAUGAUGCGGGGCGUCCCGGGGGUGCGGGCCGAGCGGUUCGCCGAGGCGAUGCGGAUCCGACACUGCGCGCUCUCCCUCGUCGGCGAGCCCAUCUUCUACCCGCACAUCAACGAGUUCCUGGCGCUGCUGCACGGCGAGCGCAUCUCGUCCUUCCUCGUCUGCAACGCGCAGCACCCGGACCAGCUCGCGGCGCUGGGCCAUGUGACGCAGUUGUACGUGUCCAUCGACGCCUCGAACCGCGAGUCGCUGCGGCGCGUCGACCGGCCCCUGCACCGCGACUUCUGGGAGCGCCUGCAGAGCUGCCUCGAGAUCCUGCGCGAGCGCCGCUUCCGCCAGCGCACCGUCUUCCGGCUCACGCUCGUCAAGGGCUUCAACGUCGAGGACGAGGUCGAGGGCUACGCCGACAUGGUCGAGAAGGCCCUGCCCUGCUUCGUCGAGGUCAAGGGCGUCACGUACUGCGGCACCUCCACCUCGGCCGGCGCCGGCCUCAGCAUGGCCAACGUGCCCUUCUACCACGAGGUGUGCGACUUCGUCACGGCCCUCGAGGCCGCGCUCCGCCGCAGGGGCCUGGCCUACGGCCUCGCCGCCGAGCACGCGCACUCGUGCUGCGUGCUGCUGGCGAGCGAGCGGUUCCGUGUCGAGGGCAAGUGGCACACCCGCAUCGACUACGACCGCUUCUUCGAGCUGCUGGACGAGAAGGGCCCGCACGGGGACUUUUCUCCAGAGGACUACAUGGGCCCCGAGACGCCCGAGUGGGCGACCUGGGGCAACGGCGGGUUCGACCCAAGAGAUCAACGAGUGGAUCGGAAGGGCCGGCCGAUAGAGGCCUAGGGCGGCAUAUGUUUCUAUACGCAGAUUUUGUAAGCACACUUCGUAUGAAAGAGAUGCACAAUGAUAAACUUGUUCAUUUUUCUCUUUUUGAAUUUGCAGUGUGUCAAUGUUUGACCCUUAGCACCGCGCCAUCCAAGUCUCCAGAUCCCUUUCUUUUUGUUCUCGCCCCAGUGACGCCCAGCCACCAGUGACCCCUCAUAAAAAAAGACAUGGGUUUAUAUACAUGAUGUUCUACAGUAUGGGUCCGUCUCCCUCCCGCUUACCCGUAUAUAUCCCUCUCCGUAUUAUACAAGGAAAGGGAGCAAGAGUCGUCUGGAAGGGGUUCGGAGAAGGAGCCGUCAGCCAUCGAGGGGCUCUCGUGGCACGGACUUUGCGGCUCCUCCUUGCUUCUCCGAGGGUGGCUAUUGGUCUGUCCGUCUUUCCAACAGAAUGCACG